AGCCACCAGCUGUAACCUUCUGCUUUAGAACAUCAAAAUCGAUGGAACGUUGGCGUUGGCGUUACCAAGGAAACAGGCAUGGUUGCGAGACCCUAACAAAGUCCAAGCUCUUGGUGAGGACAAGGCCGUCAGCCACCUUUCAUUUCGGCUGCUGAUGUCCAGGUUGACAGCUGUACACCAUGAGUGACUACGACGACUGGAGUAGUGAUGAGAGUAGCGACGAUGAGGUGGAGUCCAACAGACUCGGGAAACUGAUGUCCGCGGAGGAGUACAAGGCCUUCGUCAAUGAAGUGACUCUGGAGAAUGACUUCUUCGAAAUCACUGCCGACGGAAAGGAGCUCGACCUGGUGACUCUGGGGUUGUCCUCCACGUGUCUGGUCAUCGGGCAGGACAACUGCGACAUCUACAGCGGGGACAGGCGGGUGUGCAGCGGCCCGGACCCCAGCAGCCCGUACGUCGGCACCUUCGAGCUGAAGAGGAUCCUGUUCCUGGAGCAGGUUCGCCUGACCGUGCACGAGGCGUGGAGGUCCCAGAUCAAACUGGAGCUGCCCAACGGGAAGAACUACUACUAUCAGCUCCAUCAGGAAAUGGCUCACUUCCUGGUGUGGAAGAGAUGGCAGGACCGCUUGUCUGCGCUAGAGACAGACUUCCCCGCGUACCGUGCGGAGUACAUCAGGAUAAAGAGACAAGGGACGAGAGAGCGGAGGGAGGAGACAUGGAAGUCCAGACACAGGUCACAUAGCAAUGGCAGUGGGGAAGGCCACGGCACAGACGAGGAUGAACGCACUGCAGGCACGAGGAGGAUAACCUCAGCUGAACUUUAUGCCGAGGUUUCCAACCCAAACGUUCGCUCUGACGUCAUCACGUCUGGGCUGGGGACCAAUCAGGAUUCAUUACAUCUGGAGAUGGAUGAACCUGCCGCCUACAGCACGCCGAUGAGUUCUUUCACCAACGUCACUUUAAGAAGUGAGAGUUCCGACGGUCUAGAUGAAAGUGAUGACGAUGUCAAAGAUUGGCACCUGUCGGCGUCAAGCGACGACGACAGCGACAUCUCGCUGGGCCCGUCGGACCAAGACCUCGGGCGUCUGCCUCCGAAGUAUCUCACGCUCCGCGUCCGGUCGCUUUUCGAGAAGACCAACGUGGAAUUUCACAGGCACGGAGACACCAGACUGUGCCGGGCAGCGUCUCUCGGCGGGAUCUCCGAGUAUGAUGGCGACGAGACCUGGUCUGAUCUCGCCGGCGCGACGCGGUCCUCCCUUCUCCGCUACGCGUCCUUACCGGACAUGCUGGAGGGCCAGGCGGGGUUUCUGUGGCAGCGGUCCCGUGUGGUGGUGAGGGAGAUGACGGUGGACGGGCACCACGUGGAAAUGACGCCAGAGGAGGUGUCCCUGUUACGUGAGGUCAUGACACUGAGGAAGACCCCGGCAGACCUGGACAUCCUGGUCAUCACGGACUUCACGUCAGGCCAGACUGGUCAGGUGGUCAGGGUCACCAGGAGCGUCGGAAACCUCGGUCGACAUCUGGAGAACGUGACGUUCCUCAACACGCCAUCUAGCGGACAGGAGGAGAAACGCCCACCCCAAAAUCAAACAAAGGAAGAUUUUUCCAUCGAUGACGUGUUUCAAAAAUACAUCUCGCAGCAUCCAGAGAUUAGCCCCACAAAAAAAAAGACUGAUCGCCGUAAGAGUGUUGCCGCUGCUUUCAACAGUAUUUUUCACAGUCCCAAGGCCCAAUCACCCUCUCCUAAAAAGAGAGGUCAUAAUCAUCAAGACAGAAACUCAAAGGAAGGCUCUGGAGAAAAGACACCUUCCUGUUUGAGCCCGUCGCCCAUGUCACCCAAGAAGGGGAGAAGAAAAUCCGUGGCACAAACCCUGGCUAAACCAUUUGUAAAACUGAAGAAAUCUGGCUCCAAACUGAAACACAGGAAGAACACGUCAUUGUCUGAAGUUUCAGAGGAAAUGCCCCAUGCAGAAGCUGGCGAACAGACUUCAGACCUCCUCAACAACACACAGACAUCACUACCAUCGGUAGAUGAGGAUGAGGACAGCGCUAUCAUCUGUCUGGUGGAAGAGGUGAAGGAGAGCAUGGAAAACGUCCGCCGUAUCAUGUCAACUGUGUCAUUCGGCAAAUGUCGACAGAGCACAUCCUCGUCCAGAAUGAGCCAUGCACAGCGCCUAGAGCGGAGAGAUAAAACCUACACCCGUGCAUGGCAAAUUCAACCGUACGAGAUCGCGCGAGAACUGGCGUUGAUUGAACGAGACUUGCUGGUGAGGAUCCUGGAGGCAGAGUUGGUGGACUGCGUCUGGACUGGGCACGACAAAGAAAAGAGAGCCCCGAACAUCACAAAGAUGGUGGCAUUUUUUGAGCGGCUGGUUCACCUGGUGGGGUCAGAGGUCAUGCACGAAGAGACCCCAGAGAGCAGGGCGAACGUCAUCGCGGGAUUCAUCACCGUAGCGGACCACUGCCGGGUGAUGCGGAACUUUGAGUCGCUGCGGGCAGUGUUGGCAGGAUUACAAGUACUCCCCGUGUUCCGCAUGGAGAAAACCUGGGACGUCCUCAGGACACAACACAUAGAUCAGUACAGGUUGUUUCUGGAGCUGUGUGAUCUCAUGAGUGAGGAGUCGAACCAUCGUCUGUACCAGAAGGCCCUGAAGCAUGCGCUGAAGGACUCAGCCUGUGUGCCACUCCUGGGGAUAUUCCUGCAGGUUACGGCUGCCAUCAACACCAUAGAGCACGUAGACCCGGGGCAGGUGACAUCCAAGGAGCUGCGGUCUGUAAGGAGAGAACAACAGGCCAGGGAACGUGGAGUAACACUGACAGAACGAGAGCCAGCUGAUGUGCUGGCAAGCAUGACAGAGGAAGAAAAGAAGUUGGUCACCCAAGUGAUCAGAAGAUGGAAAGAGCAAAGGGCACUCAGACUAGAGAGAGAUGCUCAAAGGAAACUCAAUGCUGAAAGAAACUCGCAUGAAAUGCCAACAGAGGAGCCAAAAGGAUGGUGGGAGAGAAGAAAAUUAAACUUCAAGAGAAAUUCCAAGAAAACUGUGUCAACGCAGCCUGAAGGAAAGAAAUCUUGGAUCGGAUGGAAUUCUGAUAAAACAAGCUCAGAAGAAAUUUCUGUCAUAAAGGGAGUACCAAAUGGGCAGAGAACAGGGGAUGGGCAUUCUUUCUUGAAGAAGAGCUUGUGGGGUCAGCUACUGCAGGACAUGCCCACACAGCACAGCACCUGGUCCUCCUCAUUCCGCUCAUGGGGCAAGGGCCACCAUGAGGAUCAGUCCAUUCCCCCGACGGGGGUGUCAUCUCACCAUCACAUCCUUGACUCCGACAAAAAUCUGGACCAUGAACUGGAGGUCGCCCACUAUGAUGACAUUCAUGACAAUGACUUGGCAGUGUCAAGAUACAAGUCUGUUGAUAGGAAGAGGGUAAUGGCCUUUGCAUUUGGUUCUGCUGACAGUGAUGAGGACAUCCCUGCUAACUUGGCACACAAGCCAUUUGAGAUGCUGCAGCAAUAUCAGAUGUCUGCCGUGCAGUACAGACAUGACAGUGACCCCGAGGUGCGUGACUUCCUCCUGAGAGCAGACUACAACACAGAGACUGACAACUAUCGACUGUCACACGAGAAAGAGCCAUCCCACAUCACGUCAUGAUAAAUACCAGACCCUCAGUAACACUGGAUCCAUUUUACUUUAUUUGUGUUGACAUAUAUGAAUAUAAUGUGAUAUAUUGUAUGGUACCAUCAUGAGACGUAGCUGAGAAAUGCUUACACAGUGGCAAAAUGCUGACAUUGUGACUGCAACUAACAUAGUUUUCUGCUCUGCUGUUUACUUAUCGUUUUUACCUCUGUGACCUAUUUUCAGAAUUUCAAACAUUAUAUUAUCACAUUAAAUUAUUUUCUUUCUCCAGUCAAUGCCAAAUGUGAGUACAGACUGUUCAUUAAAACUGAACUGAACUGAUCAUAUUACACAGCAAAAAGUGCAUCUGACAGACUGAGUACAAAACUAGAACUAAGAAGUGUGCCAAGUGCCAUAAUCUGUUCCUGUAAUAAAUACACUUGUUCCCUGGACACCUCGGUGGUUGUUGACAAAUAAAAAAAAAAAAAUUAAACCCCUAUUACCUAAACAUGUACAUGUGCAUCCCUUUCUACCAGCCUGAGUACCAUCUUCCUUAGUGACCGCUGGCUCAAUCUUUUUGCUUGCUAACCACGGAGGAUGGUAUAUAUACUCAGGCUAUCUCUAUACUAUCUAAGUGGCUUAGCUUUGUGAUGGAUGUCGAACACUCCAGCCCUUUGCCAACUUGGCCAUACAAAUUUGCCCCAUUACACUGGUACCCUGGUCGAGUUGGCCCAACAUCCUAACUAUAACCCUAAUCCUAGUAGAGCUGACAGGGCUGUUGGGCUUAGUUGACUGGGCCUAGUCAGUAAAGGGACGAAUUAUCCUGAUACCCUCUGUGUUUCUGCCAAUAAUGAAGUGAACCUAUCUUGCCUAUC